AUGCCCGAGAAAGUAAAGCCUCUCAUCUACCACUUUGUCCACGCCGGAGCAGACCUAUUUUUGAAUCUCAAAAGAAUACCGCCGAAGAAGCCAGUCAAAUUCAAGCGAAAGGAACUGGUAACUAUUUGGAAAAGAAACUCAGCCAACGCGGACACCCUUAGGAAGAUGGACGGAAAUUUCAAAACAUGGUACAACCACAGACUUAGACUCUCAAAAUUUGUGCCUCGGCCAUACGAAAAAAUCGGCAAGCGAUUCAAGACUCUCACAAUCCCGAGUCAGGAAGCUGUAAGAGAAAGAAGCGACGAGAUUGCCCAACAAAUUACCGACUGGUGCGAAAUGGGCUCAGUAACAAGAGUCACAGAAGCCAAAGGAUGCUGGAUCCGCGCGGGAUUCGUUCUGGUUGACAAGCCAGGCAGAGAGACAAGAGUCUGCUGGAACGGUGGAGUUCUCAAACCGCUUCAACUAUACACGUUCCCGUGUAAAUUGGAAGGCAUUGGAACAGCGAUUCAGAUGCUCAAAAGAGGGGAUCUACUGUACAAAUUCGACGAUAAAAAAGGAUUCCACCAGCUCCCGCUAAGCGAAGAGAGCAAGAAACUCGCCUGCUUCGAAUGGGGAGGCCAAUAUUUCAGAAACAAUAUUCUAGCAUUCGGAAUCCCAGCCGCGCCCGGAAUCUACCAACUCAUGAAUCUGUGUGGAGUCAAUUUCCUGAGGAAAAACGGAAUCAAAAUCACGCUCUAUUUGGACGACAGACUCUUGGCUGUUACUCCGGAAUCUGAGGAAGAACGCCGCCAGCUGCUGUCGGGAGAAAAAACCAGCAAGGAAGUCUGGGCAACGGUAGCGACGCUAGUAGCUCUAGGUGGCUAUGUUAACAUCGCGAAAAGCACCUUCGAGCCUACCCAGAGAAUAGAAUUCCUGGGUUUCAUUCUAGACACGGAAAACGAGACGGUAGAGAUACCAAUUCAAAGAUGGUCAGCCCUAAAGAAUCUCAUGAGAGAUGCCGAGGCAGAGGCAGAAAUUCCGACGCGGACACUGGAAAGAAUCAGAGGCACAAUGGCAAGCAUGGCGGAAGUCCUCCCGAACAUGAGAAUGCUCAUCCGUCAAACAACAAUCCUCAUCAGUGAAGCCAUCAGGAAUGAAAAAGAAUCCUGUAUUCUGACUCAAGAAGUCCGAGAGGAAUGGAGACUUUGGAAUCUUCUGGAAGAAAAAGGACUCAAGAGGCAUUGGACCAAAUUAAAUCGACAAGAAACCGGUCUCAUAAUAUACACAGACGCUUCUUCGCACGCAGGAGCCAUCGUCAUCGAGCACUGGAAGCUAGAAGAAAGAUUCGCGUGGGAGCCGGACGUAGCAGACAAACACAUCGGUAUCAAAGAAGCCCUCGCGAUCCAAUACACACUCGAGUGGUACGGUCAGAAGCUUCAGAACAAGAGAGCGCUGUUCCUCUGCGACAACGACAGUGUGGUUCAAGGAGCGAUAGCGGGUAGCAAAGACCCGGAAAUGAAUCGGAUUCUAGUGAGAAUCUGGACUCUGGCGCAUCGCUUCAACAUAGACAUGAAGGUCGAUUGGGUCAGCACAAAGAAGCAGCUGGCUGACGCUCCUUCCAGGGAUUUGGACUCGAGGGAGCAAAAACUAACGGCAAAUGGAUUCGCUUAUCUCCAAUCUCACCUCCGGGAUCCGCUCGACAUCGACGUGGCAGCAACGCCACUCAACAAUAAAUGCAGAGACUUCAUCGCACGCCGAGAGACGAAAGGAGCCUUUGGAAAAGACUUCCUAAGCUUCCCAAUCCACGCACUUAUCGGAAGAAAAUUGUAUGCGUUCCCGCCUCCGAAGAUUUCUCACAAAUACUACAACAGACUCACCGAAAUAGCAACGCCCUGGGCUCUGGUGGUGCCAUGCUUGAAGCCGAACCUGUAG